AUUGCAACUUCAAUUACAACUGUAGCAUCACCUAUAACAACAACUACAGAUGCUUCCACAACCACAAGUGCAGCACCUACUACAUCAAUCCCAACUGCAGGUCCUACUACCAUUUUGACUCCUAAGACAAUCACAACUGAAGCUCCUACAGAAAUCACAACUGUAGCUCUUAUACCCCCCACAAUUGCAACUUCUACUUCAACAACUGUUGCUUCCACGAACACAACUGCAGCGGCUCCUAUAAUAACAACUGUAGAUGCUUCCAUAAACAAAACAGCAGCACCUACUACGUCAAUCUCAACUGCAGGUCCUACUACCAAUUUAACUCCAACGACAACCUCAACUGAAGCUCCAACAGACAUCACAACUGUCGCUCCUAUGCACCCCACAAUUGCAACUUCAAAUGUAGCAUCACCUACAACAACAACUGCAGAUGCUUCCACAACCACAAGUGCAGCACCUACUACCUCAAUCCCAACUGCAGGUCCUACUACCAUUUUGACUCCUAAGACAAUCACAACUGAAGCUCCUACAGAAAUCACAACUGUAGCUCUUAUGACCCCCACAAUUGCAGCUUCUACUUUACCAACUGUUGCUCCCACGACCACAACUGCAGCAGCUCCUAUAACAACAACUGUAGAUGCUUCCAAAAACACAACAUCAGCACCUACUACGUCAAUCACAACUGCAGGUCCUACUAACAUUUUAACUCCAAUGAUAAGCACAACUGAGGCUCCUUCAGACUCCACUACUGUUGCUCCUUUGAACCCCACAAUUGCAGCUUCUUCUUCAACAACUGUAGCUCCCACGAUCACUACAACUGCAGAAGCUCCUACGACAACAACUGUAGCUGCUUCUACAUUUACUACUGCAUCCCCUACUGCAACCACAACAGAAGCUCCUUCUACAACAACUGUAGCACCAAUGACUUUAGGAACAACAGUCCCAACGACAACUGCAGCUAAUUCCUCAACUUUAGCUCCUUCAAUGCCAAUCCCAACUGCAGCUCCUAUAACAACAACUCUUGCUCCUACAACCUCUACAACUUCCGCACCCACUAGUUUAUUCACAACUGCAGGUCCUACUACCAUUUUACCUCCUUCAACAACCACUACAACAUCCACUACAACAACUGUAGCUCCUACAAUGUCAAUCUCAGCUGCAGGUCCUACUACCAAUUUAACUCCAACGACAACCUCAACUGAAGCUCCAACAGACAUCACAACUGUAGCACCUAUGCACCCCACAAUUGCAACUUUAACUGUAGCAUCACCUACAACAACAACUGCAGAUGCUUCCACAACCAGAGGUGCAGCACCUACUACCUCAAUCCCAACUGCAGGUCCUACUACCAUUUUGACUCCUAAGACAAUCACAACUGAAGCUCCUACAGAAAUCACAACUGUAGCUCUUAUGCCCCCCACAAUUGCAACUUCAAUUACAACUGUAGCAUCGCCUACAACAACAACUACAGAUGCUUCCACAACCACAAGUGCAGCACCUACUACAUCAAUCCCAACUGCAGGUCCUACUACCAUUUUGACUCCUAAGACAAUCACAACUGAAGCUCCUACAGAAAUCACAACUGUAGCUCUUAUACCCCCCACAAUUGCAACUUCUACUUCAACAACUGUUGCUUCCACGAACACAACUGCAGCGGCUCCUAUAAUAACAACUGUAGAUGCUUCCAUAAACAAAACAGCAGCACCUACUACGUCAAUCUCAACUGCAGGUCCUACUACCAAUUUAACUCCAACGACAACCUCAACUGAAGCUCCAACAGACAUCACAACUGUCGCUCCUAUGCACCCCACAAUUGCAACUUCAAAUGUAGCAUCACCUACAACAACAACUGCAGAUGCUUCCACAACCACAAGUGCAGCACCUACUACCUCAAUCCCAACUGCAGGUCCUACUACCAUUUUGACUCCUAAGACAAUCACAACUGAAGCUCCUACAGAAAUCACAACUGUAGCUCUUAUGCCCCCCACAACUUCUACUUCAACAACUGUUGCUCCCACGACCACAACUGCAGCAGCUCCUAUAACAACAACUGUAGAUGCUUCCAGAAACACAACAUCAGCACCUACUACGUCAAUCACAACUGCAGGUCCUACUAACAUUUUGACUCCAAUGACAAGCACAACUGAGGCUCCUUCAGACGUCACUACUGUUGCUCCUUUGAACCCCACAAUUGCAGCUUCUUCUUCAACAACUGUAGCUCCCACGAUCACUACAACUGCAGAAGCUCCUACGACAACAACUGUAGCUGCUUCUACAUUUACUACUGCAUCCCCUACUGCAACCACAACAGACGCUCCUUCUACAACAACUGUAGCAUCAAUGACUUUAGGAACAACAGUCCCAACGACAACUGCAGCUAAUUCCUCAACUUUAGCUCCUUCAAUGCCAAUCCCAACUGCAGCUCCUAUAACAACAACUCUUGCUCCUACAACCUCUACAACUUCAGCACCCACUAGUUUAUUCACAACUGCAGGUCCUACUACCAUUUUACCUCCUUCGACAACCACUACAACAACUGUAGCUCCUACAAUGUCAAUCUCAACUGCAGGUCCUACUACCAAUUUAACUCCAACGACAACCACAACUGAAGCUCUUACAGACAUCACAACUGUAGCUCCUAUGCCACCCACAAUUGCAACUUCAACUGUAGCAUCACCUACAACAACAACUACAGAUGCUUCCACAACCACAGGUGCAGCACCUACUACAUCAAUCACAACUGAAGCUCCUACAGAAAUCACAACUGUAGCUCUUAUGCCCCCCACAAUUGCAACUUCAACUACAACUGUAGCAUCACCUACAACAACAACUACAGAUGCUUCCACAACCACAAGUGCAGCACCUACUACAUCAAUCACAACUGCAGGUCCUACUACCAUUUUGACUCCUAAGACCAUUACAACUGCAGCUCUUAUGACCCCCACAAUUGCAGCUUCUACUUCAACAACUGUUGCUCCCACGACCACAACUGCAGCAGCUCCUAUAACAACAAUUGUAGCUGCUUCCACAAACAAAACAGCAGCACCUACUACGUCAAUCACAACUGCAGGUCCUACUAACAUUUUACCUCCUUCGACAACCACAACUGUAUCACCUAUGACAACCUCAACAACUGUAGCUCCUACAAUGUCAAUCUCAACUGCAGGUCCUACUACCAUUUUACCUCCUACGACAACCACAACUGUAUCACCUAUGACAACCUCAACAACUGUAGCUCCUACAACACCAAUCACAACUGCAGGUCCUAAAACCAUAUUAACGACAACCGCCACUGCAACUUCUACUACAACUACAAAUGCAGGUCCUUCAACCACCACAACUGCAGCGCCUAUUACAACUAGAACAGCAGCUCCUACAAGUUCAACCACAAUUGCACUUCCUACCUCGACAACCACAACGGCAACAUUUACCUCAACUUCUACGGCUUCAGUGGCAUCAACUAGAUUUGGCACAGUGGUGGUUUUUGUAAGACUAGAGUUCCAGCUCAACACUGCAGUCCCCAGUAAGGAUGUCGUCCUUGGUGCCGUCGACAAGAAACUGUCUACACAAUUCAGGACCUUCAAAAUUCAAAGAAACACUCAAGCCACCCUCCAGAAUGCAACUUAUAUCAAACUUUCAGAUACUUCAUUUGCUGUUGAUCUUGGUUUCAAAAUAACCAAUGUAUCUAUGGAGGAGAGACUGCUUCAAAGUGCUAGAGCCACUUUCACCGAUGAUACCUACAGCCAGAUACAGGAUUCAAUUAACAGCCUACUGCAUGAUAUUCUCAGUGAACCAAAAGGCAAACAAUUUGACUUUCCCAAAGCCAAAUUUAGUGUUGUUGGCAAUCAAAUCAGGGCAAACGUGACGUAUGUAUACAAAGAGAAAGACGUCAACCUCCCUAGUGCCUUUCUAGGGGAUGUUUUAAAAGUCUCAGGUCUCCUAACAACCACUGUUGCACCAACAACAACUACCAGCACCUCACCACCUACUACCCCUUUGCUGACCACUCCUUUCAGUAUAAGUGACAGAGGUUUUCCUGGCUGGGCUCUGGCCAUUAUCAUCCCCUGUGGCAUCGCUAUCAUUCUGGUACCCCUGUGGAUCCUGCUAUGUUGCAUGCUAUGUGGCGGCUGUGCAGCUUUAAGGAGACGCUGGCAACAACACAGAGCUUACAACGUACAGUACACCACAAGAAACGGCAUCUUCUGAGGUGACAAGACUAUCAAAAUAACAGCUAAUCAUCUAUAUCUGCUCAUCAUCACAACAAAUAAUAUAUUUUUCAUGUAAUCCAUACACCAUUACUUUUGAGAAGAUCAAACACGGACUUGCUUUUAUUUUUAUAACAAAAUUGCAUUGUUCUUGAAAGGGUUAAUAGGUCAUGUGUUUCCCCAAUGUACUACUUUUUAAUAUUAUACAGUAUUUCUCAUUUUAGUCAAAGCUACAGCUGAGCUGGUAUAUUAUGCAUUUAUGUAAUUUAAUCAUUUAUAUACACAAAAAUAUUAUUUUUGAUUUUUGUCAUUUCCCCUGCUGAUUUAAGCUAUUAACUCACUAUAUUUGAAAGUCUGCAAUACAGCACUUGUUUCUUUAUCAUACAAUUUAACACAUGUAAUAAAAGCCUUUCAAAUCAACAUUAACUGGAUAAAUAAUGUCUGCAGAAAUCCUCUUAGAAUUAUUUAAACAUGCUAUAACGCAACAAUUGUUAACACUUUGCUCUACGUGGGUAAGGUAUUCAUAACACCUUUAAGAGUUUUAAUUUGAAAUCGCCUCAUGAAUGAUGUUGAAUAAAUGGAUUACGGUUGUUAUGAAUA